CCUCUCCUUUAUCCUUACAACAAUCCUGUGAGGAAGACAUCGCCGUGACUCAGUGGACCUACGCCAAAGCAAACGCCCUCCCUCACUUCCGGGUCAAUCCUAAAACUUCUUUCUUGGGUGCCGUGUUUGGAAUAGCGCCCCUCGCUUUCUGGUGGUACGUCUUCAAAACGGAAAGAGAUUAUAAAGAGAAACUCAUCCGAGAAGGCAAGUACGAGCGGCCCUUCCAUGUCGCCUACUGAGCUCCCACGAACAGUGUGGUGGACCGCUGCCGACUGGGCCCCUGCGGCAGUUGCACUCUCUCCAUGUAGUAGCACCGGGCCCCUUGCGAAAUCCACACUUCUCCAUCAGGAGCUGGUUUCCCUUCAUUGCAUGACAAGGUGUCAGCUACAAUAAAGGCUGUCUUGGCUUCGGA